UCUCUCAUCCUGCAGCAUUGAAGUGCGAAAGCUUUCAAAUCUUACUUGUUCGUGUCAUUUGUUCAGUGUCUCACCAUCGUUCAAAAUGACCCUUAAGAUACUUCUAGUCUUGACAUCCUUACUCUUCAUCGUUGAUGGCGCAAUCGAAUGUUCCAAUCGCGGCGCUGAGACAAAGGAAGCAGAUUUCACAAUGGACUCAAUGAUGAUAGACGUAUACAAGUACGCGUCGUGUGAGUUUAAGGCGCUCCCCUAUGAAAUAAAACGUUCGUAUCAAAAAUUUGAAUCUAUGUUGGCCUCUGAGAUGGCGAGAGGUGGGAGAGUGACCAGGAAGUUACUGGCAAUUGUAGAGAUCAUAAAAGAUCUGAGACAAUUCUCGGAAUUGAGAGAGCAAGUUGAUCUCGAAACGCGACACCGCCUGAUGGUAAAUAUCCUCGAAAAACUCGAAAACUAUAAAAAUAUCUUAGUAGAAUAAACUAUUACCGUGUAAAAGGUGCAUUAGCUGACAGAAUGGCCUAUUUGUUGAAUAUUAUAUCUUAUUAUGCUUUAAAAACGUAAAACAUAGAGUUCAUGUAA